AAAAACCCCUCCAAAACCUCUUCCUUUCUCCCAAUAAAGCUAUAAACUUUCCUCUUCCUCUUGCUUCCUAAUUGAUUCCAUUUCAUGAAAUCACAAUCCUUCCUUUCCAAAUUCCAAGCUUUCUCAUUAUACCUGAUCUUCUAAAGCUUCUCUCUCUGUGUUUUCCUGCGUCCAUCGUGGAUUUGGUUAACGUAACCAAGGAUGGAUGGGCAUUUGAUCAUUGUUUUCCAAGAGUAGAUUAUGCUCAGAUCUUUACAAUGGAAACAAAAGGGCAUCCUGCUGUUGAAUUAAAGAAAACAACCCUUACACCUAAGGCUAUAAUACACCAAAAAUUUGGCAGCAAGGCCUGCUUCACAGUAGAGGAAGUAAAGGAGCCUAUUCACACUGAGUGUCCUGGAUUAAUUCAACAAAAGGGUCCUUGCCUGUAUCGAUGUUUGUUGCAGCUUCCAGAACUUUCUGUUGUGUCAGGGACCUUUAGAAAAAAGAAGGACGCAGAGCAAUCGGCUGCGGAGAUGGCUUUAGAAAAGCUUGGCAUCCAUCCUACGGCCAGUGAUCUCACUCCACAAGAAGCAUGGGAAAGUUUAGUUGCUCGAAUCGCAUACUUAUUUUCAGAAAAGUUUCUUACAUCACUUCAUCCACUCUGUGGUCACCUUGGAGCAACUUUGUGGAGAAAAGGUGAUCUCUGUGGGUCAAUUCCUGUUUCUGUCAUUGCUGUCUAUGACACAAAGCUCUUUAACUUGUGUAAAUAUAUUAAUCCUGCGGUGGAGUCAAAUCCAUUGUUGGUUAAUUUGUACAUAAUGAGGGCCGCUACAAAGUUAUCUGGAUUUCUUUCUACUUCUGAACAGCAUCUCUGGCUUAAAAAGCAGAGUCCCUAUCCCCAGGAUAUUAGUGAGUCAUUAAGUAUUCAAGCUGGCAUGCUAGAGUGCAUUCAAGUUGCAGCUGCUAAAAUUCCUAGUUCAACGGAGAAACCUAUCGAAACAGUGACUCUUUGGAUUUCUGCAAAAGACUACUACCUAGAUAUCAUUGCAAAAGAACUUGAUUUAGAAGAUGCAUCUUAUGUUCUGAUUUCAAGAAAUGUGGGUAAAGCAUCUUCUGAAACAAGAUUAUUUUUUGCUGCAUCGAGAUCAUUUUGUCUAGAUCAAUCUUCUGAUUUGCUGAAUGUGAAGGAAACUCUACAUUUUGAGGGAUCUCUAAAUGCAAGGGCUAGUUACUUGUCUGGACAAUGUAUAUUUGGUGAUGCAAUAUUGGCAUCCAUUGGAUAUACAUGGAAAUCUAAAGAUCUUUCUUAUGAAGACAUAACAGUUCAGUCAUAUUACAGGAUGCUUAUAAGUAAGACACCAAGUGGGAUCUAUAAAUUGUCCAGAGAAGCAAUAUUUGCCGCUGAGUUGCCCUCAUCAUUUACAACAAAAGCAAACUGGAGGGGUUCCCUUCCCAGAGAUAUCCUUUAUAUGUUCUGUCGUCAGCACCGUCUACUUGAACCUGUCUUCUCCCCCAUAAGCUGUCCUUUGAAAGGAUCAUCUGAAUCAUCAGGAUCUUCCUUGAAGGAUGCGUGCUCAGCUACAGAAGAGAUUGAACAUGUCAGAGGAGCCUUGUCAACAGCAGGUGCAAAGCAAUCAGAAGUGUCAGGAUGCACAUUUAAAUGUGAUGUUAAAUUAUUUUCUAAGUCUGAGGAUUUAAUUAUUGUUUGUUCCCCGGAGGGCAAGUUUAAGAAACAGAAUGAUGCCUUACAGAAUGCUUGUUUGAAGAUUCUAUCAUGGCUAAAUGAGUAUUUUAAGAACAGUAGCGCUCCUUUUGAGAUUUUAUAUCAUACUGCAGACAGCUUCAAUAUUCAGAUUCAUUCAAAAAACCAUUGUAAAGAGUUUGCUGUAUGUCAAUCGGUACGAAAUACUCAGCUUAAUAUGCUUGGAUGCAUGCGUCCAUUGUGUACUGGACCUGCAUAUGGAAUGCGCUCUUUAAAGAUUGAAGGGUCAGAUUCUGGUGUUUGUCCAUGCAAUGGAUCUAUACCAUGUAUAAGGUAUUCUAUUUCUUUGGUUGUAAAGGGUGAUAAUCUGAAAGAACUUAUUGAAGCUUGUGAAGAAUUUGAGUUUGAGAUAGGGGUUGGUGCUGUGACAACAGAUGUUGAGGGGGUUGUGAUGCAGUUGUGUGUUGGCCAGUCUGCUUGUUUUACCACAGAGUUACCUCCUUCCGAAUUGAUUCUAGCUUCAGCGGCUGAUUCAGCCAGAACUCUUUCUUUGUUGUCUUCUAAACCCUGCUUCAUGGAAUAUGCAAUAGCUUUGACCAAGUUAACAGAACCCAUGGAGGAAAGGAUGGAACAAGCUCUUUUUAGCCCUCCACUUUCAAAGCAAAGGGUGGAGUUUGCAGUGCAUCACAUUAUAGAAUCGUGUGCUGCAACUCUGGUUGAUUUUGGAUGUGGAGCUGGAAGUUUGCUGGAAGCAUUGUUAAAUUAUCCUACUUCCCUGGAAAAAAUUGUUGGUGUUGAUAUUUCACCAAAAGGUCUUGCUCGGGCUGCUAAGGUUCUUAAUUCAAAAUUAGUUACAAACUCAGAUGUUGAUGAUGUGCCAUAUGCUGGGAUCAAAUCUGUUAUUCUUUAUGAAGGUUCAAUUACAAGUUUUGAUUCCAGGUUGCAUGGAUUUGAUAUUGGCACUUGCUUAGAGGUCAUUGAGCAUAUGGAAGAAGACCAAGCAUGUCUAUUUGGUGAUGUUGUAUUAAGUUCUUUUCGUCCAAGGAUUCUCAUCAUUUCAACGCCAAAUUAUGAAUACAAUGUAGUGCUUCAGCGGUCUAAUCCAGCAAGCCAGGAACAGGAAGAGGAGUUGGAUGAAAAAUCCUCGUUACCGUCAUGUAGAUUUCGCAAUCAUGACCACAAAUUUGAGUGGACUAGAGAGCAAUUCAGUCGCUGGGCAUCUGAUUUAGCUGCACGGCAUAAUUACAAUGUGGAGUUCAGUGGGGUUGGUGGGACAGCUGGUGUUGAACCAGGCUUUGCCUCACAGAUUGCUGUAUUUAUUAGAAAAGAAACUAUGGCUGAAGUAGAUGAUGAACUGAAGGAUGCUGAUUUAGAUCACCGAUUCAAUGUUAUGUGGGAAUGGAAUAGAAUCAACAAAUGAAAUAUUUUUGGACUUUACGCUGAAACUUGUACAGUUUACUCAACUGCUGUGAACUGAGUAAAAAAAGUGGAGCAAACGAGAAUAACGAUGACGGGGAGGAUUUGGAUUCUGGAUUAUUUAUAUUUAUUUGGUUUCAAAUGAUUCUU